CCCCGCCCUCCCGGCUCCGGCGACGAGGCUAUUCGGCGCUGCGGCUGCUGCCGGCGGCCUGGGCCGCGCGGUCCUGGCAGGAGCCGGCGAGCCUCGCACGCCGUGCAGUGCGCCGGCUGUCCGGGAGAUGGCUUCGCCCCGCUCGCCCGCCGCUCGCGCUAUUGUCUCACCCGGGGCCGCCUGACUGCGAGCUCGUGCACGCUCCCGGCAGACAGCACCGGGCCCCGCACCGGCCCCCCACACCCGUCGAUUGCCUUGUGCAUCCCCGGCAGCGGGGACCCCAGAGCCGGCCCGUGGGGUGGGCGAGGGGAGCGGGCGGCACUGAACAUCACGCGGGGGGCCGGCGCCUCCUGGAGCCUCAGAGCGAGCUGGGGCGUGGGAGCCCAAGUCGCCCAGCUACGACAGUCAGGGUGUCGCGGCGGAACCCGCGGCCAGCGCAGCCCUCGCUGUAGCUCCUAGAGGACUGUCAGUGAGCCGAGGAACUGCAGCUCCUCUGGAGCCUGGCAAUCCCAUUCGGGACCACGUCCGCGGAAAAAUUAAGUUGAGGCCCAUUUUAUAGCCCUGUCUGAAGGCCAGCGUCUGAGGAGACAGUGGCUUUGAGCGAGAGCCCUGGACCCGGGCUGUGGCUGCUUCUCCUUUGGCUUUUGGGUCCCACGACGACGACGACAUGUACCAGCCGUCCAGUCUUGACACUGGCAGGAAGUAGAAGGCGUCGUCGUCUCCUGCGGCCACACCCUCAUCAUGUCUUCGGCUCAGGGCAAUGGGGAGCACUGGAAGUCCCUGGAGUCCGUGGGCAUCAGCCGCAAAGAACUGGCCAUGGCUGAAGCCCUGCAGAUGGAGUACGAUGCCCUUUCCCGGCUCCGACAUCACAAGGAGGAGAACAGGGCCAAGCAGAACACAGAGCCCUCUCUCAUCAGCUGGGAUGAGCCAGCCUUGGACUUCUACAGCAAGCCAGCCGGCAGGAGGGCAGACCUCAAACUCUUGCGUGGUCUUUCUGGCUCUGAUCCUACCCUGAAUUACAACUCCAUCUCCCCACCAGGAGAGCUCCCCAACUCUACCUCCCAAGAUCCGCAGCCUGGCCCAGAUCCCUGGCCCAAGGGCUCCCUGCCUGGAGACUAUCUCUAUAUUUUUGAUGGCUCAGAUGGGAGGCUCUCGUUGUCUCCAGGAUCAGGUGACCCAGAUGGUUCUAGCAAGAAACUAUCCCCGCCUCCUCUGCCUCCUCGGGUCUCUAUCUGGGAUGCCCCUCCCUUGCCUCCCAGAAAGGGGUCCCCCUCACCCUCCAAGAUCUCUCAGCCUAAUGACAUCAACAGUUUUUCCUUGGUGGAACAGCCACCUGACAAACUGUUAGGGCCCCAGGACCCAGAAGAGGAAGAGCUGCCUGAUGGUGGGGGCCAGCGACACAUGCUGGGAUCUGUGGACUAUGACGGCAUUAAUGAUGCAAUUACAAGGCUCAACUUGAAGUCAACUUAUGAUUCGGAGAUCUUGUCUGAUGCUACCAGGGGCUGGAAGGAGGGCCGAGGGCCCCUGGACUUCAACAAGGACACCUCUGGAAAGCCUGUGGCCCGGAGCAAGACGAUGCCCCCUCAGGUUCCCCCCCGAACCUAUACUUCCCGAUAUGCCAACCGAAAAAAUGCGACACCUGGCAAGAACCGUCGGAUUUCUGCUGCUCCGGUGGGCUCCCGGCCCCACACCAUCGCCAGUGGCCACGAAUUGUUUGAGGUCUCAGAGGAGAGAGAUGAGGAAGUUGCUGCGUUUUGCCACAUGCUGGAUAUCCUUCGGACAGGCUCUGACAUCCAGGAUUAUUCCCUAACUGGAUAUGUCUGGAGCACUGUCACCCCGAGCCCAGAGCAUCUUGGGGAUGAGGUCAACCUGAAGGUGACUGUGUUGUGUGACAGUCUUCGGGAACCACUCACUUUUACCUGCAACUGUUCCUCCACUGUGGACUUGCUCAUCUAUCAGACCCUCUGCUACACCCAUGAUGAGCUGAGGGAGGUGGACGUGGGUGACUUUGUGCUCAAGCCCUGCGGACUGGAGGAAUUCCUCCAAAAUAAACAUGCCUUGGGCAGCCAUGAGUAUAUCCAAUAUUGCCGCAAGUUUGACAUCAACAUCCGACUCCAGCUGAUGGAGCAGAAGGCCAUACGAAGCGACCUGGCCCGCACGGUGAAUGAUGACCAGAGCCCUUCUACCUUGAACUACCUCAUCCAUCUCCAAGAGAGGCCAGUCAAGCAGACCAUCAGCAGGCAGGCCUUGAGUCUUCUGUUUGACACUUACCACAAUGAGGUGGAUGCCUUCCUGCUGGCUGAUGGGGAUUUCCCACUGAAGGCAGACAGGGUGGUCCAGUCUGUCAAGGCCAUCUGCAAUGCUCUCGCUGCCGUGGAGACUCCUGAGAUCACCAGUGCUCUCAAUCAGCUGCCUCCCUGCCCCUCACGCAUGCAGCCAAAAAUCCAGAAGGAUCCCAGCGUGUUGGCUGUGAGGGAAAACCGAGAGAAGGUGGUCGAAGCCCUGACAGCAGCCAUCUUGGAUUUGGUGGGGCUGUACUGCAACACAUUCAAUGCAGACUUCCAGACCGCGGUGCCUGGGAGCCGAAAGCAUGAUUUGGUUCAAGAGGCCUGCCAUUUCUCUGGGGCCCUGGCCUUCACUGUCUAUGCCACUCACCGCAUUCCCAUCAUCUGGGCUACCAGCUAUGAAGAUUUCUACCUCUCCUGUUCCCUCAGCCAUGGCGGCAAGGAACUGUGCAGCCCCCUGCAGACCCGACGGGCUCACUUCUCCAAGUACCUGUUCCACCUCAUCAUCUGGGACCAGCAGCUCUGCUUUCCAGUGCAGGUGAACAGGCUGCCUCGGGAGACCCUGCUGUGUGCCACACUCUAUGCGCUGCCCAUUCCCCCUCCUGGGAGUUCCUCUGAAGCCAAUAAGCAGAGGCGGGUGCCUGAAGCCCUGGGCUGGGUCACUACCCCUCUCUUCAAUUUCAGGCAAGUCUUGACCUGUGGCCGGAAGCUUCUGGGCUUGUGGCCAGCAACACAGGAAAACUCCGGUGCCCGCUGGAGUGCACCUAAUUUCCACCAGCCAGACAGUGUCAUCCUGCAGAUUGACUUCCCCACCUCGGCCUUCGACAUCAAGUUCACCAGCCCUCCCGGAGACAAGUUCAGCCCCCGCUAUGAGUUUGGCAGCCUCCGGGAGGAAGACCAACACAAACUCAAAGACAUCACGCAGAAGGAGUCCCUGUACUGGCUCUCCGAUGCUGACAGGAAGCACCUGUGGGAAAAGCGCUAUUACUGCCACGCAGAGGUGAGCUCCCUCCCCCUGGUGCUGGCCAGCGCACCCAGCUGGGAGUGGGCUUGCCUGCCGGACAUCUAUGCUCUCCUGAAGCAGUGGACACACAUGAACCACCAGGAUGCCCUGGGGCUCCUGCAUGCCACCUUCCCCGACCAGGAGGUGCGUCGGAUGGCCGUGCAGUGGAUCGGCUCUCUCUCGGACGCAGAGCUGCUGGACUACCUGCCCCAGCUCGUACAGGCCCUGAAGUACGAGUGCUACCUGGAUAGCCCCUUGGUGCGCUUUCUCCUGAAGCGAGCCAUCUCUGACCUGAGGGUGACCCACUACUUCUUCUGGUUACUGAAGGAUAGUCUCAAGGACUCUCAGUUCAGCAUCCGCUACCAGUACCUGCUGGCGGCCUUGCUGUGCUGCUGUGGCAAGGGACUGAGGGAGGAGUUUAACCGCCAGUGCUGGCUGGUCAACACCCUGGCCAAACUGGCCCAGCAGGUCCGAGAGGCCACCCCCUCCGCACGCCAGGGCAUCCUUCGCACGGGCUUGGAGGAGGUGAGGCAGUUCUUUGCCCUCAACGGUUCAUGCCGUCUGCCGCUUAGCCCCAGCCUGCUGGUGAAGGGCAUUGUGCCCAGGGACUGUUCCUACUUCAAUUCCAAUGCGGUCCCCCUGAAGCUCGCCUUCCAAAAUGUGGAUCCCCUAGGUGAGAACAUCCGGGUCAUCUUCAAGUGUGGGGAUGACCUUCGCCAGGACAUGCUCACCCUGCAGAUGAUUCGAAUCAUGAGCAAGAUCUGGGUGCAGGAGGGGCUGGAUAUGCGCAUGGUCAUUUUCCGAUGCUUCUCCACUGGCCGAGGGAGAGGGAUGGUGGAGAUGAUACCCAACGCUGAGACCCUGCGCAAGAUCCAGGUAGAGCAUGGGGUGACUGGUUCCUUCAAGGACCGUCCCCUGGCCGACUGGCUACAGAAACACAACCCUGGGGAGGAUGAGUACGAAAAGGCUGUGGAGAACUUCAUCUACUCCUGCGCUGGCUGCUGUGUGGCUACCUACAUCUUGGGCAUCUGUGACAGACACAAUGACAAUAUCAUGCUGAAGACCACUGGGCACAUGUUCCAUAUAGAUUUCGGCCGCUUCCUGGGCCAUGCGCAGAUGUUUGGCAAUAUCAAGAGGGACCGCGCCCCCUUUGUCUUCACCUCGGACAUGGCGUAUGUCAUCAACGGGGGUGACAAGCCUUCCAGCCGCUUCCAUGAUUUUGUUGACCUUUGCUGCCAAGCCUACAACCUCAUUCGCAAGCACACCCACCUCUUCCUCAACCUUCUGGGCCUGAUGUUGUCCUGUGGCAUCCCUGAGCUCUCCGACCUGGAGGACCUCAAGUAUGUGUAUGAUGCUCUGAGGCCUCAGGACACAGAGGCCAAUGCCACCACCUACUUCACAAGGUUGAUAGAGUCCAGCCUGGGCAGCGUAGCCACGAAACUCAACUUUUUCAUCCAUAACCUGGCUCAGAUGAAGUUCACGGGCUCAGAUGACCGGCUGACCCUUUCCUUUGCGCCCCGAACACACACGCUCAAGAGCUCUGGCCGCAUCAGUGAUGUUUUUCUCUGCCGGCACGAGAAGGUCUUCCACCCCAGCAAGGGCUAUAUAUAUGUGGUGAAGGUUAUGAGAGAGAACGCUCAUGAGGCAACUUACAUCCAGAGGACGUUCGAGGAGUUCCAGGAACUGCACAAUAAGCUGCGCCUGCUCUUCCCUUCUUCCUUCCUGCCCAGCUUCCCUAGCCGCUUUGUGAUUGGCCGCUCCCGGGGAGAGGCGGUGGCUGAGCGGCGGAGGGAGGAGCUAAACGGUUACAUCUGGCACUUGAUCCACGCAGCUCCGGAGGUGGCUGAGUGUGAUCUGGUAUAUACCUUCUUCCACCCCCUUCCCCGGGAUGAGAAGGCUUCAGGCAUGAGCCCAGCUCCGAAGUCCUCAGAUGGGACAUGGGCCCGGCCUGUUGGGAAGGUCGGUGGGGAGGUGAAGCUGUCGAUUUCCUAUAAGAACAACAAGCUCUUCAUCAUGGUGAUGCAUAUUCGGGGCUUGCAGCCGCUGCAGGAUGGGAACGACCCUGACCCCUAUGUAAAGAUUUACCUCCUUCCUGACCCUCAGAAGACCACAAAGAGGAAAACCAAAGUGGCCCGGAAAACCUGCAAUCCUACCUACAAUGAGAUGUUGGUGUAUGAUGGGAUCCCCAAGGGAGACCUGCAGCAGCGGGAGCUCCAGCUGAGCGUGCUGAGUGAACAAGGAUUUUGGGAGAACGUGCUCCUUGGGGAGGUACACAUCCGCCUUCGGGAGCUGGACCUGGCCCAGGAGAAGACCGGCUGGUUCGCACUGGGAUCUCGAGGGCACGGAACCUCAUGAGCCCAGUCACGGCCCAGACCUGCAGCUGCUGCCCAGAGCUGGAGGAGAAGCCUCUCCCCUGCCUGCCUGACUCCUUUGCUAGGAAGAGGCAGAGCCCUUGGCGACCUUUCCCACGGUCCAGGUGGACCUGACCUCGGGGAGGGGCUGGAAGAGUCCAGCGCUCUCCGCUGCCCCUUCCUCAGCAGACUGCGCUUGGGUUGAUUGUGGGGGACAGCCCCCUUGGAAGCUGUGGGGUUGCAGCAGAGUUUUAAGUUUACCUUGUGUCAAGGGAGCAAUGCCUGCUUUGGGGUGUGUGGAGUGCAGGCCGUAUGAAGUAGCACUUGGGGGAGGGUGGGUGGACAUUUUUAUUUUUAUUUUUAAAAAAUGAAAUAGUAAUGUUGUCCUAACUGGGACAGGAAGCUUUGUGAGAGAGAGGCAUACUGUGCCUCAGAAGGCAAAUGAGGACUAUUUGGGGUUUUUUGUAUGAUGAAAGUUCUUAUUGGACUUUUCCCCAGGAUUUUUGGGGUUUUGUUUUCUAGCUAUAGGAAAUGUUGGGGAGGGGCCCCCGGUAGGUCCUCAGUGAAGCCCUCCCCUCUCAGGCGCACUGGGGAAGGGUGGGGAGGACUCACUGGCUGCUGGGCUGAGGCCCUCUUCGGGCCGUCCGAUUCUGCCUCCAAAGGAGAGCAACGUGAUACCUAUGUGUGUAAGGAAGGGCCUUCCAUGUCAGGGGUCCGCCAAGGACCUAUAUUCAGGGACCCACGCUCUUUUAGGGCAAAGUUUUUCCUCUCUUCUCCCCCUGCUGGUCGGAUUUGACUCUUAACGCUUUCUUCUGCCCCUCCCCCCUCUGAUCUCUCAGCCCUCCGUGGGUCCCGGUGAACACACUGGGUGCUUCUAUGCCCCAUCUUGUUUGAUGGGACAAAAUGCUGCCAACCCUUAGCUCUGGGCCACUUGCUGCACAGUUUCUGGAAUACGUUCCCUGAGACCCUCUACUACUUUCUCUCCCAAACCCUGCUUCUGUCACACUUCCAAAGGAAUUUCAUUCUGUAGGGCCACAAAGCUGUUUAGUGUGUAGACAAAGGGUACCCAGGCUGUAGCCAAGGAGGCUGGAGAGAGUGGAGAUCGGUCAAGGCGAUUGUUUCUUCCAGUUAUCUUCCUGGCCAGAAGGAGGCUGCACUGGAGCACAUACUCUUUAGAAAACAAACAAAAGAUUCUUUCAACACAUGUCUUUCUUCUGUGGUGCUAGGGGUCAACCCAGGGUCCUUUGAGUGCUAGGCAAGCACUCUACCACCAUGCUGCAUCCCCAGCCCACCUCAUACUCCCUGUUCCUCACCAGAUGAAUUUAAAAUCCACUCGAGUUUCUCUCCAAAGAGUUGUCUUAUUUAAAAAGUGAGGGAUAGGGACUUGAUUUAACUUUUUUGUUUCUUGAGACAGGGUCUCGCUAUGUAGACUAGGCUGGCCUCGAACUCAUAGAGAUCUGCCUACCUCUGCCUCUGUAGGGCUGGAAUUAAAGGCAAUUAACUUUUGGUUUUUUUGAGACAGGCGGUUUCUCUGUGUAGCUUUGGAACCUAUUCUGGAACUCGCUCUGUAGACCAGGCUGGCCUCGAACUUACAGAGAUCCACCUGCCUCUGCCUCCCGAGUGCUGGGAUUAAAGGCAUGUGCCACCGCCACCCAGCAGGCAAUUAACUUUUUAAAGCAGGAGUUAGCUGAUGAGGGAAAAGGAUUAGCAAGGACACCAUAAACAGUUUCUCUGUGACCCCACUACUGGAGAGAGAAAAGCUCCGUUCAUUGAAGCCAAAUGGAAGCAAGGAAGGUUUCAUUUUGCUUGUGUUUUUGUUUAUGGGUGAGGAUAUCAUAUAGCCCAGGUUGGCCUCAUACUCCUAUGUAGAUGAGGAUAACCUUGACCUACUUGCCUUCAACCGCCCAGGUGCUAAGAUUACAGUCAUGAGCCGCCACAUCUAUUCACUUUUUUCUUUAUUAAAUGCCGGGCCAGGGCUGGAGAGAUGGCUCAGUGGUUAAGCACACCGACUACUCUUCCAGAGGUCCUGAGUUCAAUUCCCAGCAACCACAUGGUGGCUCACAACCACUUGUAAUGAGAUCUGGUGCCCUCUUCUGGCCUGCAGGGACACAUGCAGGCGUACUGUAUACAUAAUAAAUAAAUAAAUGUUUAAAAAAAAAAUGCCAGGCCAGUGAGAUGGCUGAGUGGGUAAGGGCACUUGCCCUGUCAGCUGGAGUCUGAUCACUGAGACCUUCAAGAGGGCCGGAGCAAACCAACUUCCACACGUUGUUCUUUGGCUUCCACAUACAUUACACAUCAUAUGCGCACUCGCACACACACACACACACACACACACACACACACACACACAAAUAUAAUUUUAAAAUGCCAAGGAUAAAGCGGACUGCUAAAGGCCAGAGACUGGAGAGGGAAAGCAGUGGAACCUUCCGGAUGUUUGGACCAUAGGUGAGCUACUGUAGCUCAUUUUAUUUUGACCCUUUGUGCCCCUGACUUAAAGAGGCCUAUGUACUGUACCCACUUCCCACGUCCCUUGUAUCUUCUACUUUCUCUGGAGUUGUAUUUUCUAAUAAAUGACAUUUGAGAAAACAAAGCUACCAUCAUUAAAGAUCGGUUGAUGUGAGUGUUUGGAUAAGCA